UCUCCCACACUCUCGAGAAGCACUGGAGAGUGAGAACAGCAUGCGCAGAAAACGGACUACUGUAUUCCUGAAAGAAGACGACGUUUUGAGGAGUUUGGACUUUAGUUGAAAUAUGAGUAUACAGGAUUAAACAGGACGGAAUUUAGAAAUUUAACAUAGUCAACAAGGUACUACUUGGAGACUACAAUUCCAUUAUAAACAAACGGAUAUUCUAGAAGACCCCACAGGCGUCAAUAACAGCGCGUGCAGUCAUGCAGCACUACGGAGUGAAUGGAUAUUCUCUCCACGCCAUGAACUCGCUGAGCGCCAUGUACAACCUUCACCAGCAGGCGGCGCAGCAGGCCCAACACGCGCCCGACUACCGGCCGUCUGUGCACGCGCUCACCCUGGCAGAGAGACUGGCUGACAUCAUCCUCGAGGCCCGGUAUGGUUCCCAGCACCGAAAACAGCGUCGCAGUCGCACAGCUUUCACUGCCCAGCAGCUGGAGGCCUUGGAAAAGACCUUCCAGAAGACCCACUACCCUGACGUGGUGAUGCGUGAGCGUCUGGCCAUGUGCACCAACCUACCAGAGGCUCGUGUUCAGGUGUGGUUCAAGAACCGCCGGGCCAAGUUCCGCAAAAAGCAGCGCAGCCUGCAGAAGGAGCAGCUCCAGAAACAGAAGGAGACGAACGGAGAAGAAGGUGAGAAGGAGGAGGCCAAGACCACAGAAAACUCCUGCACGAGUGUCCCCACCACCAAGAGCCCUCCACCUCCUUCCUCCACCUCUGCCUCCUCCCUCUUGGAGGGCAUGCGACCCCAACCUGCGGAGAUGAGUGUGGAGGUGAAUGUCACCUCCCCGGAGGCCUCGGACAGCGAGUCGGCCGCGGAGGACAACGGCGAGGCGGAGGCAGAGCUGAGGAGGGAGAGGCUGCAGGAGGAGUCGCAGCAUCAUCCGCCUCAGACGGAGGUGCAGCUGGUGGGAGGAUCUCCACCCUGCAGGCAUCUCAGCCCCACGCCAGACUCCCCCAUGGCAUCUCCCUCCCUCCCCUCCUCCAGUGGGGGAGUGGGGAGCAGUGGUGUGGCCCAGGGGAACUCCUACGCCUCCUCCCCGCUUAGCCUCUUCCGCCUGCAGGAGCAGUUCCGGCAGCACAUGGCCGCCACCAGCCACAUGGUCCACUACCCGUCCUUCGACGUGGGCACCCCCUCACCCCUGCCCUACCUGGGCAUGAACGUCAACAUGCCCUCCCCACUGGGUUCCCUGCCCUGUCAGUCCUACUACCAGUCCCUCUCCCAGACAUCGCUCUCCCAGGCCCAGCAGGUGUGGAACAGCCCCCUGGCGGGUCUCCAGGCGCCGGCUGGCAGCCUGCCCAGCCUCAACAGCAAGACCACCAGCAUCGAGAACCUGCGCCUGAGGGCCAAGCAGCAUGCCGCAUCUCUGGGCCUGGACAUGCUGCCCAACUGACCCCUGCCCCCCCCGAAUGCCCACCAGGGGCGGGGCGGCUACCUGGGACACAGGCGGGCGUUGUGACCCCUCUCUGCUGACAUCAUCGCUAACUGGACAUGCAAGACACCAUAUCCGUUUGGGACACUGCAACUGAGACCGGACACUGGGGCACCAGGACACUGGGCACUGGAACAUUGGAACACUGGAUCACCAGGACACUGGAUCAUCGGACGCUAUCUUGAACAAGUCGCAUGUCGGGUGCACAGACCCAGCUGUUAGCUACAUGCUCCCGGCGGAGAUUGCUUCCCUUGAAGUGGGGACGUCUAAAUAAGGGGCUGUGUGUGAGUUAUCAGCCAUUCGAUCGUCACCAACCAGCCGUUGCUACAUUUUAUAAACCCGGCUUUUCCACGCGUGCAUUCUGGUUUUGACCCAAGCCAUUGUUUUCUGGGACCAAUCGGGAAAACAGAAAGAAUGUCAUCACACCCUAAAAAUCAAAACAUAGUAGAGGAAGUCAGAACCUGAACCUGCCGGAGCAAUGAGUCCGGUUGAAUGCACUCUUGCAAUACUGUUACUACUCAUUAAAUCCGAGAACUAAUAGACCUGAGAUCUUAUAGCUGAAGUAUAAAGCCACCUGGGGCAAACGCAUAAUGACUGUCCACAAGCAUUAUACUGUAUCCGAUGACCAAUGCAUGCACUCCAAGGCCAGGAUGAAAUGACACAUGAAUAGAAACAUCACAAAGGUUGACACAAAAUUCCACCCUUGGAUAAAAAAAAAAAAAAA